AAGAACAAGAGCAAGAACAAGAACAAGAACAAGAACAAGAACAAGAACACAUGAUGAAGAACCUAUUAAGAAGAUUCUUAUCAACUAAUCUAAAGUACUCUCAUUCAAAUCAAAACUUCAUCAAAUCAAACAUCUCAACAACUUCAAAUCAAACUCAAACCCAAUCCCAAACCCAAUCCCCAAUCUCUUAUGGUGUAACUUAUGUACCACCAUUAAAAAUAACUCGUCAACACACCAAACGAGCUGACUAUGGACUUUAUGAUGGAUUGAAAGUUAAAGCAGGUGAUAAUAUACCUAAAUCUAAACAUCGUACUAAACGAGUCUGGAAUCCGAAUGUACAGAAAUCAAGUUUAUGGUCAGAAGUUUUAAAUCAAUCAUUACAACUCAAACUCACGACUGCUGCAUUAAAAACGAUUGAUAAAGUUGGAGGAUUAGAUCGAUAUGUAUUACAAAUGAGUGAUCAAAGGUUAGGAGGCACAGGUAUAAGGAUACGAGAACUAGUGAUUUCGGCUAUGAAAGCCAAACUUAAAUUAUCAAAAGGAUUUACAAGACCGAUACCUGAAUGCGAAGUAUGGAGAAUUCCUCAAUGGCAAGAUUCGAUUGAAAGAUCAGAUAGAUUGAUCAUACGGAAAAUGGUACCUUCUAUCAAUGUUCAUCAAAUUAAAGUGUUUCCUAGAAGAUUAAAUGUUGAUGGGAAACUUGAGAAGGGGUCUUUGAAUGAUUUGUUUCAAAGAGGUCAGAAAGGUAGUCAAACUUCUAGAAGAUCGACUCAUCCAAGGAGAUAG